AUGGCUAUUCGCGAGGACGUCGUGUCCUCUGCGGUCUCCUUAUGCGAUGCAGUCCUCCAGGAUCCGAACAUCGUAUCAUCUCCCCUCGAAAACAAACUCUCGUUCCUACGAUCGAAGAACCUGACGCAAGAAGAGAUCGAUGCGGCUUUCGCGCGCACUGGCACAUCUCCAGGAUCCGUUCCUGCGCCCCCGGUACCGUCACAAGCUGUUUCUGGACCCGUCCAACAGCAACCGUAUUAUGGCCAAUACCAACAGCCGCCCUACGGAUGGCAAGCUCCGCCCCCAGCGCCGCCUAAGAGGGACUGGCGGGACUGGUUCAUCAUGGCUACGGUGAUGGGGGGAGUUGGAUACGGUCUAUACUUUAUCACAAAGCGAUAUAUUUCACCCCUUGUUUCGCCGCCGACGCCGGAGAAACUCGACCAGGACAAGUUGACAGUCGACGAGCAAUUCGAAAAGACAUUCGCGGCGAUCGAGCAGCUGGUGAAAGACACGGAAGCUAUAAAAGCGUCAGAGAAGGAGCGGAACGAGAAGCUGGACAAGGUCCUCGAGGAGCUGGAGACAUUCAUGCGCGAUACCAAAUCAGCCGGUCGCCGACAAGAAGACGAGACAGAGAGGCUACGAGACGACAUGAAGACCCUGAGCGGACUUCUACCCAAGUCCAUGGCCACGCAGAAGGAGUUCACCGACGGCAAACUGAAGGAUGUCAGCAACGAAGUGAAGAGUCUGAAAGCGCUCAUCAUGCAGCGGGUCAACUCUGCUGCCCAGGCCCCGGCCCCGGCCCCGUCCAGCGCAAACAACUACCUCCGACCUACAAGUGGCAACGCCGCCGCCGCUUCUCCCAGUCCGGCCACGAGCCCGAAGCCCGAUACGGCAGCAAAGGAGAACGGUGAUGCAAAGGGGGCGACAGCGAAGGAGGAAAAUGGACCAAAUCCCAACAAGCAGGACUAUAUAUCUUCCCUAGGGGGCCGUUCGAGCCCCUUCGCAAGUGGCAUGCCGGCCGGUAAGGCUUCGAUCCCGGCGUGGCAGAUGGCGGCGAGCAAGUCUUCCGACAACGGCGCAGGGGGCUCACAGCAGAGUGCCGGAAGCAGCUCUUAA